AUGGAAAAGACAGCUAAGCACGAUCUUAUAGUCGUGAUGGGUGAUCUAAAUGCGACCGUGGGGAAUGAGGGUACAGAGGAUGACAGGGCUAGGGGGAAACAUGGAUGUGGUAGCAUGAACAACGGAGAGAGACUGGUGGCCUUCAGCAACAUGAAUGACCUGGUCAUUGGAGGGACCUUGUCUCCGCAUCGACUGAUCCACAAGCUCACAUGGUGCUCCCCAAAUGGACGAGACAAGAAUCAAAUAGACCAUUUAAUGUUUAGCGGGACGUGGCGACGUUCACUAAUGGACGUCAAGGUGAGGAGAGGAGCUGAUGUUGGUAGCGACCAUCUCCUGGUGGCAGCCUCUAUCAAGCUCAAGCUUAGAGGCACUGGUCCAAAGCCCAAAGGUCACAGAAGUUUCGACGUAGAUAGACUAAAGGAUGCAGGUUUAAGAACAGAAUUUACCCUUCAGUUGAGGAAUAGGUUUCUAGCUCUAGAGAACCAUGACGAGCCGAUGGAGGGAGAACAGGAUGAGCUCCUUAACAACAGAUGGGACAUGAUAACAUUAGUGUAUAGACAGAGCAGCGAGAAAUGCAUAAGCUACAGAAAGAAGAAAAUAAAAGACAGGAUGACACAUGAAACCUGGAAAGCAAUUGAGUCAAGGCGCGGUAUUAAGAAGAAGGUGAUGGGUGCAAAGUCUGAGAGACUGAAAGAAAGAUAUCUGGAAGAGUACAGAGAAGCACCCAGAAUUGUGAAGAGCCUUGUAAGAGCAGACAAAGGGAAGAGUCUUGAUGACAUGGCGUCAAAAGCAGAAGAAGCAGGAGCCCGCAACGAAUAA